UAUAAUAAUAAUGACGAUAAACAAUGCGACAAAAUGGACAAAAAUGCAACCGAAUUUCAUGAGAGGGGUCUUUGAAAAUUCAAAUGGAAAUUGAUCCACCGAUCCACCGGCGAUCAAGUUGCUCGAAAGACCGGCGAAUAUUCAGCUAUGAUUUAUUAUCACCAAAAAAAAAAAAAAACCAAAAUCAAAACAAAAACAAAAACAAUAACAAAAGCAAAACGAAUAUCGAUGGACAACAGGUCACAUUAAAGGAAGCGUGAAAGAGACAGACAAACAAGUCAAAUGUCAGAGGUUCGGCAUAGCCAAAUAAUUGAGCAAUUAAUUAAACCGGCGAGAAGGAAAAAAAAUUAUAGAAAAACAGUGAGAAGCGGAGGAACCAAUAUUCGGGGUAUAAAAGGCCAAAGAUCUUCAAGGGGGAGCAUCAUUAAGCCAACAACUGAAAGCCACUCAACAUGCGUCUAUUUGUGACCCUUUGCACUCUGGUGACCCUUAGCCAGGCCAAGCCCCAGGGCUACAACUAUGGCAGCGGAGUCUCCGGCUCUCUGAGCUCCGGCGGCUUCCUGGCCGCUCCCAGUCACUCGCAGAGCUCGGUGGCCUCGUACGGUCCCCUCGGUGCCUUCCAAAGCGCCAGCGUUGGCUCCCUGGUGAGCAGUCCCUCUGCCCCCCAGUCGGUUAGCCAUUAUGGCGGCGGUCAUGGCACCACCUAUAGCUCUGGUGGCUCUGGAUCCUCUUCUUCCAACUACGGCGGUGGUGCCUCCAACUACGGCUCAUCCGUCUCCAACUAUGGCGGCAGCUCUGGCGGCAGCUCCUUCACCGGCUUCGGGCCAUCGCCCAACAUCGGUUUCGGCGGAUUGGCCGGCUACCAGGCACCCACCUACCAGCAGCAGCAGGAGCAGGAGGUCCAGCGCGGCUUCCAGGAGCCCAUUAUCCACAAGCAGUUCUUCACCGUCGCCGCUCCCGAGGAGCACGAGAAUCUGGAGCGUUCCAAGCAUCUGGUGAUCGGUCGUCCCCAGAAGAACUAUCGUGUGGUCUUCAUCAAGGCCCCGUCCUCGAGCAACGCCAACGUUAAGCUGUCGGCCGAGUAUGCCCCCAAGGAGGAGAAGACCGUCAUCUAUGUGCUCAGCAAGAAGGACAACCAGCUGGAGGUCAACGAUAUUGCCACGCCCGCGCCGACGGUGCCCAGCAAGCCGGAGGUCUUCUUCAUCAAGUACAAGACCGAUGCGGAGGCCUCGCACGCCCAGCAGCAGAUCCAGGCCGAAUACGACAGGAUCGAGGGAACCUCGGAGCACACCGAUGGUGGUGUGGCUCCUGCCCAGUCGGUGGUUGGCAUCCUGGACGGUGGUGCCGGUGGUGCUAUCGGUGCUGCAAGCACUGGCAGCUCUCACUUUGUCGGCGGCAGCUCUGGAUCGACUGGUGGCUACACAGCCGGUUCCACUGGUGGAACCUAUACCUCGUCCUCGUCAUCGGGCGGCAUUUCUGGAGGUGCCACCGGAGGCGCCAACAUCAUUGCCACCCACAAGAACGCCCAGAGUGCCACCUAUCUGCCACCCAAUGGCAAAUAAAUGGUCACUUAAGUGCGAGGAUCGAAGGAUAGCAACAAUUUUUUCUGUACAAUAGUCAAAGAUUUUUUUUUUUUUGUGAAAUCAUAAAUAAUUAAUAAAAUAAUGAAAUAGAAGAAUAACUCAAAGGGGUUUUAACUUAAAUCACAUGACUAAGGUCUUGGGGAAGUCAUUGAAGCCUUUUUUAAACCGAGUUCACUGAGGUCUCAUACAAUUUUUAGAGCUUUUCUGAUAAUUAUGAUCCUAAGUCCAAGGUUAGUUAUUUUUACAAAUUAACAUUGAAAAAUAUGCCUUAAACUGAUUUUUUCUUGAGAUAGAAAUCAUUUUGUUGGAUAUUUAUUUAUUUUUAUGGUUAGAGCAAUAUGGAAACUGAAUGUAAUGUUAUACUUUUAGAGAUUAGAACUCGUUAAUUUAAAGAAAAGAAAAGAAAAC